AUGGAAGCCUAUGUGAGGGACAAGGUCGUGCGUCUGCACCUGGACGCGUCCGUGUACGUCGAUUAUGCGCUCAGUCUCCUCCAAGACGACGAUUUCGACCUACACGAGCGUGUCGAGACGGUCAUCUCCGUCUUCAGUAGCGCUGCCGACGGUCUCGUGGCUCCCAGUAUUCUAGCCAGUACCUUAAAUGCGUCAAAAAUGACGCAAGAUGUCAAAAAGAUGGUCCAGGUCCAAGAAGAGCAGCGCAAAGACCAAGAAGCGCUGGCAAUAGCCGAGCAAAAGCUCAAGGACCUUCACCUACGUGAGCAACAGAGUCAAGAGGCUGAAGACGCGGCGGUCCGCGAGCAACAAAAGACGGCGGACCGUCUCAAGAACUUGACACGUCAAGAACUCGCGGCUCGAGAGCAUCUGAUUCGUGCCUAUGGCUUCACUCUCAUGUCGGAAUUUGACGAAGACGGAAAUGUGGUCAAAAUUCACGACAAGGACAAGAGCGUCGACGAGGUGGGACCGGGGAACACGAAUAAACAUCGCGUGCAGCAGGCACAACAGGCGAUGAGGGAGAAGAUGAAGACGGAGCACGAGAAGAAGGUCAAGUACGAGAAGGAGCUGCUGGCUAAAGAUAAGGCGAGGAAGGACAAGGCCAAGAAGAGGACGGUCAAGAAGGAGAAACAGCGCGGCUGUGGCUAG